AUUUUAAUUAACUAUAAACCCAAUUAAUAAUACUAAUCUCCAUCCACUCAAAACACACCUUUCCUACCUCUACAAUUUGAAACCCCCUCACACCUCAGUCAAACAUUUAAUUAAAUUUGAAUCUUAGUAACUCUUCAGUUACUCAUUCACUCAACCUUAACCUUGGUUGUAUUUUUAUAUAUCCAUUAAAAGACACGUGUCACAAUAUAAUUGGUUCAACCAUCUCCUAUAAAUUAACCAAAAUCAAAUCCAAACAUAACUCUACAACAUUUGCUUCAACUUGUUAAGGUAAAAGAAACAGUGAGGAAGAAGAAGAAGAUGAGUGAAAUUACUACGAAGAAUCAACCGUCAAAGACACACUGGUGGUGGCUUGAUGAGCACACCGCGGUUAGAAGAUCACCAUGGCUUCAAUCUACACUCACUGAGCUGAAUGAGAAGACAAAGGCAAUGUUAAAGUUAAUUGAAGAAGAUGCAGAUUCCUUUGCUCAACGAGCUGAGAUGUUUUACAAGAAGAGACCGGAGCUUGUGAGCAUGGUUGAAGAUUUCUACAAGAUUCACCGCUUGUUAGCUGAGCGGUAUGAUCAAGUUCGGCCUGAAGCUGGAAUUCGCCUACUCCCUCCUUCUGCUCGCUUGAUGCAUUCUCAAUCAGAGAAGUUGAUGAGUUUUGAUUAUCGUGGUUAUGAUAGCUAUUCUGAGAAUUGUGACGUGGAGGAAUCUGUGGAAUCGGAAAUUGAUGAUCCUGAGCAUGAAGGGGAAGUUCGGUCUGCGGCUCCAAAUGAAGUGACAAAGUUGUUGAAAGACAUUGAAAGAGUCGGUGAAGUGAAGAAGACUGAUAAGGAUCAAAUCAAGCAGAAAGAUGAGAUUCUUGAUGAAGUAAUGAUGUUGAGGGAAGAAAUCGAACGACUCAGAAAAGAAAAAGAAGCACAUAAAGAUGAACUCGCGCAGAAAGAUAUCAUUUUUAAUGAUGUAGUAUUGAAUUUGAGGGAAGAAAUAGAACAACUCAAAAAGGAUAAUAAAACAACGAACAAUGAAGUUCGUCAAAAAAAUAUCAUCCGCAGCGAAGUAAUGAAGUUAAAGGAAGAAAUAGAGCGACUGAGAAAAGAGAAUGAAGCUCAAAAGGAAGAAAUCAAGAAGAAAGAUAGCAUUUCCAAUGAAGUAAUGAAAUUGAGGACAGAGUUAGAAAGAUGCAAGAAAGACAAUAAAGCUCAAAACGAUGAACUCAAGAAGAAAGAUAGCAUUUCCAAUGAAGUGAUGAAAUUGAGGAAAGAAUUAGAAAGACGCAAGAAAGAGAAUAAAGCUCAAAACGAUGAACUCAAACAUAAAGACACCAUUCGCGAUGAACUAACGAUGUUGAAGGAAGAGAGGGAAAGUUUUAGAGAAGAGAAUAAGACACAGAAAAUCGAUCUCAAGCGGAAAGACCAAGAGAAGAUAGAGGUGAUAAGACAACUAAGUUCAACAAUAGAUUUGCUGAAGCAAGAGAAUGUAAAGCUGAAAAGCUUCAUCGCCAAGGAAUCCGCCAAGAAAUGGAAGACACCAUUCGAGUUCGAUAAACUAAUCGAAACAUUUUCAGGCAAGUUGUUUAAGGGAGGUCCUAGGAGAAUUAAGCCAAGUGUUGUAGCUCUCUAGAUAUGGUUCAAAAUUUUAAAAUACUAUAGUAGUUCUUUAAAACAAUAGUAUAAAGAUAAAUCAUUUUCACCAAUA